AUGUUCUCGCGCAAUAGAGUUUUCUCUUCCACUACAACAACCACCCUCACCAACUCCCUCAAGACUUGCAACCCAACUCACCGACUCCAUCAACAAACUUUCAACCGCUCCUUCCACGCCUCAGCCGCCAACAUGACCAUCAAGGCCUACUUCGAUGUGACCUGGACCGGUCCCCAGAUCAACGUCGACGCCAAAGGCAACCCCACCAACACCGACAAGGAGGUCAAGGGCAAGUCGCCCUCGCAUCCAUUCACUGUCAUCGAUGUUGACUCGAGCUGAUCACCAAACGCAGAACGCUCUGGCCGCAUCAACUUCGAGCUCUUCGACGAGACCGUCCCCAAGACCGCCGAGAACUUCAAGAAGCUCUGCACCGGAGAGUUGGGCUUCGGCUACUCUGGCUCCAAGUUCCACCGUGUCAUCCCAGAUUUCAUGCUUCAGGGCGGUGACUUCACCCGUGGUAACGUAAGUAACGAUACGCAGCAGUCCACGGCUCUCGCUGGUCCGGCCACAUAUGCUGACGGCUGUUCUCAUCCAGGGCACCGGUGGAAAGUCCAUCUGGGGCGAGAAGUUCCCCGACGAGAACUUCAAGCUCACCCACAGCAAGCCGUUCAUGCUCUCCAUGGCCAACGCCGGCCCCAACACCAACGGUUCCCAGUUCUUCAUCACCACCGUCGUCACCUCGUGGCUCGACGGCCGCCACGUCGUCUUCGGCCAGGUUCCCGACGAUGACGCCGAGUCCAAGAGCAUCAUCAAGUCCAUCGAGGCCUGCGGCUCCAGCAGCGGCUCGAUCAAGUACCCCAAGCCACCAACCAUUACCGCUUCUGGUGCAGAGUAA